CUUUAUGCAUUAGUGCAUGUGACCCAAAAUACAGGUAUCACAUUAGAUUCUAGUCCUGCUGGUAUCAUCCGUUUGCAACAGAGUGUUUCUCAUCCAAAACUUUAAGGUCCUGUGCACUUAACAGCGCAUACUCUGCUGACUUUCUCCUCCAACAAUGAUUCAACUUGACAGGUCUUUUCUGCUGGGGCAUGAACUGUCUGGCUAUACUUAAUUUUUCCAUAUUCUUUCUUGCAUCAGAAUAGUGUCAGGAUAGACAUCUCUGUACAGAGAUGGUGUCACACAAGUUUAAAGACAGUACUGUCUGAAUUUGAUUGUAUUUCUUCUGAAUUUGGUAGCAAAACUCUCAUAAUUUUAGUUUGGAUAAAUGUAGCCCUAAGUUGGAGUUGUUGAAGUAGUAGUUUUUUUAAUGUUCUUUAGCUAUGAAGUAGAAGAGGUGACUAUAAAUCUUUUUUUAAUAGUUUUCUAGAAUUGUUGGUUUGGAUAUAGCACUCAACGCACAGGACAGGGCCUGAGAUCCUGCACUGUGUCAGCAGAAGCAAGCUUUGGAAGACCUAUGAAAAGAGUGUGCUGCAAAAGCAGAAUCAUGCUUUCUACUAGGUUUAAAAACAAAACAAACCACAACCCCCCCCCAAAAUUUGAACUGCUAACACAGUGAAACUCAACUAGUUUUUAUUCUGUUAACUUUUUAUUUUUAAUAACAGAUGUGCUUAAAUUUUAUUUGCUUUUAAAGAGAAAAUGUCUUUAAAUCUAAAUUGAAAGUAAAUGUAAAUGGAGUGAUUGUGGCAGUAUGUGCUGCGGCUAGUCUGGAGCAAUGCAUAUACAACUUGGCCAGCUAGUGGCUACCCCUUACAGAACUGAAAAACUGUAACUGCCAGCUUUCAGUGGAGGCAUGCAUCUCACUCCUUUCUUUAUCCAGCUGCCAGUUUUUCACAAAGUGUAUAGGAACUUCAUAGCUUUGUGGCUGCUUCUGCUCUGUGAAGGGGUGUUAAAACUGAUCAACAGAUUUAAAUGUUUGGAUAGAAGGCAGAAAUUAGAGAAAUUCAAUGUCUCUGCCCCUUUCUGUAAUAAGCUUUGUAUCCUUAGGAAAAUGUCCUCAUUUCAGCUUUGUUUUUCGCAUUGCAAAUUUGGAGCUUUGCUCCAAGAGGUCCUUAUUGCAUUCGCAGUGUGGUGUGUUGAGCCUUAGGGAGUUUAUCUUCAGCCUAGCAUCCUGAGGGAUCACAAGGAAUGGGAGCAGUAACAUUUUUCUUAACUGGGAGUUGCGCAGGGAGUGGCAUAGGGCCAAUGGAACUGAAAGACCUACUUUGGUAAUGUACUCCAGAACCACCACCUUUACAAGCCCACCCAUUCCUCUCGCACACUCUGAAGGAAGUAAGAUCAACCAGUCAAGUUGGUCAUACUUAAUGUAGGGAGUCACUGAAUAAAUGUGGAAAUGAAGGAGCUCUAGUGUUAAUGAUGUUCAUGGUUUAAGAAAUGUAGAGGAGAAAAAGAGGCAUCACAGGUGUUUAGUAAGGUUUCAUAUGCUUCAUUGCAUGGAAGAUCAAACAAUAAUACAGGACAAAAGGAAUACUUUUCUGUAGCUCAGAAGAGGUGUGCUUCUAUACCUGCCAAAUAGUGCAAAUAACUACCCUUUCAAUUUUUCCUCCUGAGAGCAAAUGUAAAGUGGAAAAGACACUAUUGUCAGCUUAUGGGGAAAAUGAAGGACCAUUUGUCCUAUUAAGUAGAUUUACAAAAGAUGUGAAUGGGAUCUUCUUGUGCUGGAAAGAAAGCCCAGCUGUGUCCAAAUUGGAACUCUGCUGAGAUCCGUUUUAAAAAGCAGUGUCUUUUACUUGGCAAUGACAUUGGAUCGGGUAGUGCAAAGAACAAAUGCGUAUUGGUUAAGCUUAAGCAUGAAUAAAAAUAUCAAAGCAACUUUCAAAACUAUAUUAAUGUGACAGGAUUGUAAACCACUGAAAAUCCUUUCUAAGGAAGCUGUAGUGCACAUGUUCCUUUACAUUGGUACAACAGCUUCCUGUAAAGCUACUACGGUUUUUAAUUAAAAAAAUACACUUAGUCAUCAACACUUUUAAUAUGUAGAUAAAGGUCAUUGAUCUAAAAUGAGAUUAGUAGUUCUUCAAACUGAAGAUAGAGACAUUGGAUUAUUAGCGUGGUUUUACAGCUUCUUACCAAAAUGCCGGGUCGCUUCUAUCUGCAUGCAUUACUGUUCUAGGUGCUCUCUCUUCAUGCAGUCAGGCACCCACUUGGUAGAUUUUCUAAAACGUGGAACCAGCGUCUCACAGAAGAGGUGUAGCAUGUCGAGUAAUUCAUCCAUCUUUAGGUUAAAUAUUCCUCUUCUAAGUACAGAUGAUGUAAUCUGAAGAGUGUGAAUGUUGCCAAAAUACUUUCCUACAUGCAAAAGGAUCAAAUUUGUUCAUUUCAGUCAAAAUGAAUAAUCAUGUUUGUUCUUGCACUAAUACAUUUUAUUGCCGUUUUAAAUACAGAACUUUUUAUUCACCAUUUCUUGGUGUCUUACCACCCUAUACCUGGACGCUAUAUUUUUUUCUAUUAUCUCCUUUCUAAUAUUUCAGAACUGUAAUAAGAGAGAGCGUGCCUGAUUCAGGAAUUUAAAAUGUUUUUUCUUUCCCUUUUCAUUCAGAUCUGGAGCAAGCACCUACACUCUUGGCUUUGCCUCAGGAUAAACUGUGCCUACACUGACAUUAAUAGAAAGUGAUGUGGAGGCAGUAAACUCGCAGUUCAACAGAAUUGACAAAUCAAUUAGAUCUGCUUGUUUGUAAUUUUACUAGUCUUUUCUGAAAUACUAACAGGUUCUUCAAAUGCAAGCAAAUUUUAUUUCAGGAAGCAAACUUCUGAUGUUUUUCUUGUGAAAAAGAUGACAAGAGUUUGGUCUAUAAAGUUUUCUGAAGUGCUGAUGUUGAGUGCCUAAUUGCUAGGAAGGAUUCCUGUCUGUAGGCAGCGUGAUGUUUCAUGAUAAAAAAAUUGAUGCUUUUGAUUUGUUGAUUAUUUUAGUGCUAACUUUUUCUUAUUCUUGAAGAGACCCUGGUUACUCUUGGAAGUUAGUAAUUUAGAGCUUCUCUUGGAGGGGAUUAUUUUUAAGAAACUCUUUUCUGUGUAAAAUGCUACUGACCUUAAACAUACCAAUACUUAUCUCUUACAAUGCUAAAAGAAAGCUCUGUCACCAUUACUAGAAACUGCCUAGAUUGGCUUGUAGUUGAAAGAACAAAACAUGAAAGUUUUACUUUAAUCUGUAGUAUUACUAAAUAUUUAGCAGAUGUGCCUUUUGGGUAGCAGGGAAGGACUGCCUGACCUACUUUCAUUUUAAUCACUGAAGGGUUAUUUAAUGAUUAAUUUCUGGUGUGAAAGCUGAUCUACUGAGUUUGGGUUGUCUUCUUUCUUUUUUUCUUGAAGGAUAUUGGUGAGAGGAAAGCAGAAAAAAUCAAUAUAAAGGAUUUUGUCUCCUCCUUUCAGGUCUUUUUAGCUCUCUCCUGAGGUAUUGGGAUGUUACUGCAUUUAUGGACUGCUGCGGCAGUAAGUAGCAAGCUCAUUCACACGACAGCUGGUCAAUUUUCCUUUGCAGCGCAUCCCAUCAGCCUCUCUAAUUUUUUCCAGAGUGUCUUUUCAUGAGAAGGUGACUUUCUUCCAAGGAAAUAACUGCAAUUCUGUUUUACAGUUGUAGGAAUCUGCCUGUACCAAUUAAUACAUUCAUAUUUUUCCUAUUUACUUUUUUCUCAUCUCUUCUUUUUGUUUAUUGUAGGGUAUUUCUCUCACUGUGAAACAGUUGCUGUAUAGCAUGUUCUCUGGCUUUUCUUGAAGUUUGCCACCACAUAUGUGAAUCAGUUCAUAGGCAGUGUGUCCCAGUGGCUGCUUUUUCCCCUCUUGCAUUUUUCAAGUUUCGUCUUUGAUUGCCAGUAGAGGUUUUGUGGCACAGAUAGGACUUGUGGAUGCUAACAAGUAACAUUACCCUUGGCUGUCUGCUGGUUGGUUUUCAUUCCAUAGACUUGCAGGUCAUCUGUUGAAUGCAUGUGUGAAAACUAUGGCUGUUGGUAACGGCGUAGUGAAUUUUUAGUGCGUGUUCAAAAAAGCCAUUCACUUCAGAGUGCGGAAGAGGAGACCACCAACAAAAUUGGGUAAUUGAGGAUUGGGGAGAGUGGAGGCAGUUGACACUGAUGUUAAGCACAGCUUUUGGCUUUGAAAACAGUGAUGAGUUGUGCUGUAGCAUCUGAAAUGGACUGUUGCUAGAUCUUCUUCUUCCCCUAUUUCUGUCUCCAGUGGCAGUUGUCUUAAUUUCUGCAAGAACCGUAGUCAGACAGGUAACAAUCCAGCAUUUUCUUCUAGAGGAAACACCUGCCACAGGACAGUUUGGACACUUGCAGCUUUUCUCAAGAGCAUGGAAUGUAUGAAGGCAAACGAUAGUUGUGAUGAAGAAUGUUCCACACCGUCCACUGUGUUUGACUCUCCUCAAAUUUCUUCCUAAAUUCCUUGGCCUGUAUAGCAUAGAUAAUUUUUACAAGGCGGCCAUAAAUUCCAUGCAUUCAGGUCAUCUUGUUUAUACAACCUGUUCAUAAAAUUUGUUCAUGAAAACUGUGGGAAGAUUUAAUAACUAAAUAGGUGGCCAUUCCUUUGUAGAGCUGUAGCUUCAAAAGUAGAUUUCAUAGUUUCAGGACUUUACUGGUGUAAUUUUGAUCCCCUACAUAAACUUAGAAAACGUCCAAGCUCUUAAAACCCCCUAAGAUUUGGGUAGCAGCGAGAGGAAGGCUUACCUUGGGCUGGCUGCAGUGGUUCCUGUUCCAGCUGCUGCUGUACCAUUUGCUUGUUUCCUGCCACUGCAGUAAGGUUGGCUCAGCUGUUUGUGCAGCAUUUGCUGAGACACUGCGAAUGUGUUUAUUUAAAAACAGAUACUUUAAAUAACCAAACAUUGAUGUCCUCCCAGUUUGUAAACUGGAGCCCUCUGUUUUAGUACUAGCUCUGCAGUGUGAAAUCAAUGUAACUUCACCCUCAGAAAAUAAACUUUAUUUCAGCUGUACCUUCCUAGCAAAGUCUUACUGUUUUGGAUAAAACCCUUUCCUGGAAGGAGGAAGUGGAAAUUGCUUGGUAUUCCUCACACCAGGUUGGUAAGAGGAAAGUUAAGAAGCUUCGUUUCGUCCUGAAAUCAAAAGCUGAAGUCUGGAAAUUAUGAAUUGCUUUCCCCUUAAAGAUGGCAAAAAUCUUACUGUGUGGAAGGGCUUGAACUCCGUUUACAUUGCUGUUUGAGACUUCCAGACAGGCAGUUUGUGUUCAGUGUGUGUAGCUACCCCCCAGCGCUGUUUGCAAACAGCACCAUGGCAAAAGAGUUGUUGCUUUGUCUGUCAACACUUCUUACCCUGUUCCUCCUUCUGCGCUCUGGAGCAGUUACCAGAAAUUCUUGGGUGCUUGUGGUCUGAAUAUUUCUUCACAGUAAGCAAAUGUGCUGGUAUCGAUCAGGGAAGCAGUUAAAGAUUAAAAGUGUUCACGUUGCUGAAAAUUGAACACAAACGUUUUUAUUGCAUGUGGGAGCAAAAAAGGGAAUUCUGUAUUCUUCUGAAACUGUGGUGAAAUUUAUAGGAGAUUGGAAUGAGCCAAGAAUGGGUAGAGUUUUAAAAAUUAUAACCUGUAACAAAAUGUCAAAGAAAUGGAUUUUAGUUAAAUCUGGAAAAAUGCUAAGGCAGGGCAUGAAAAAGUGUUCCAUCACAGAUAGUUGUUUGCCAACUCUGUAUAACAGAACUUAGAUGUUUACUGGGGGAGGGGCAAUAACAAUUGCCUUGAUUUGUGGGAAAGGAGGCAAGGUAAUUGAGACAAGUGAAUUAAGGGGCUUGUGGAGUUGUUUUCGUUACCGGUAGAUGAAUGCAUUAUGGAUACAUUAAAUUUUGUAGCAGGCCGUCUGCAGCACUUCUUAAAUGAUAAGGCUGGAGAGUAGCCUUAGAAACCUUUUUAAUUUCCUUUUUCACUUCUCUGCUCUUGAAGCACUGUUGAGGAAAGAAACUGAGGCAAGAAAGGGUUGUGCAAGGCAACCUGUCUUCUGUAAAAGCUCACAUCUGCUAAAUCUUACGUGGAUUGAGGGGGAGGCUUGAAGAUUUAGCUGCAGUGGUUCAGAAAGUUUCUGGCAACAUCUUUACUCUGGUCUUUUGUUGGAGCUUGUUGCCAUCGGAAGUGGUUCAGCAGAAGGGGCUGGAUGCGGGAUGCCCACAAAGACCCAGGUGAGAAAUGGCUCUUUUUGCAUGACUAUGGUAUUCAAGAGAUCUGAACUGUGUCAGGAAACUUGUCACUGAAGUACUCUUGGAAAACUACAGAUCCUUUUGCAGCUGUUAAGCAGAGGUGUCUCCUGAAUUCUCACUAUGUCUGAUGGGGACUAUGAUUACCUCAUAAAAUUUCUAGCACUUGGUGAUUCUGGCGUAGGAAAGACCAGCCUUCUUUACCAAUAUACGGAUGGCAAAUUCAAUUCCAAAUUUAUCACAACGGUGGGCAUUGACUUUCGGGAAAAGAGAGUGGUGUAUAGACCCAAUGGGCCAGAUGGCGUUGGUGGCAGAGGACAGAGGAUACAUCUUCAGCUCUGGGAUACUGCAGGGCAGGAAAGGUUUCGUAGCUUGACAACGGCUUUCUUCAGAGAUGCCAUGGGGUUUCUUUUACUCUUUGAUCUGACAAAUGAGCAAAGCUUUCUGAAUGUCAGGAACUGGAUAAGUCAGCUACAAAUGCAUGCAUAUUGUGAAAACCCUGACAUUGUAUUAUGUGGAAACAAGAGUGAUCUGGAAGACCAAAGAAUGGUGAAAGAAGAAGAGGCUAAGGAACUUGCAGAAAAAUACGGAAUACCGUAUUUUGAAACUAGUGCAGCUAAUGGGAAUAAUGUAAGCAAAGCCAUUGAAACUCUGCUUGACCUCAUUAUGAAGCGCAUGGAACGGUGUGUGGAUAAAUCCUGGAUCCCAGAAGGGGUAGUGCGCUCCAAUGGGCUCAGCUCUACAGAACAACUGAACGAGGAGCAAGAAAAAGGCAAAUGUGGCUGCUAACUCAGUUACAAUUAUGUUUAAUAUAUAUGAUAAAGUAUGAUAAAGUUGCAGCUUAACUGUUUAACUUAUGGACAAAUCACACUGUAGUUAUUUAAUGAGCUAUAUUAAUUCUUUAUACUAAUUUUUGGUUUUUUCCUGUCAAACAACAUUGACCUUUGCUUGCAAGGUAUGCGGUUUAUUAGUGGUGGGACAGAAGAUUAAUUUGGUGUAGCACUGGGUAUUCCUCUAAUUCUCUACUUUGGAGGGAGGGAGAGGAAUUUUCAUUACCAAAUUUAGAAACAUCUCUCUGUGUGGGCAAUGAGAAAGGGUAGGCUCCUGAACUGAAGGAUUUUCAAUUGCCCUGUGAAGGCUCCAUUAACUACACAGACUAGGCAUUUAGAUUAGAUAUUGUGACAGUUUUUAGUCUCUACUAACAGCAAGCUUACCAACGUGGUUCUUGGUUUUCAACAGAAACAUUUAAUCAUUUCAUCAAUCAAUAACACUCUUAAAGAGCAAAUCCUGUGUUUUCCACAAAAGCCUGCAAGUAGCUUUUCCUUGCUCUCUCAAACCAUUGGUUUUUAGUGAUGAAAACCAAAAGAAAGCUAUUGUAUCUAGAAUAAAAAACUACAGAGAAGCACAGGGGUGCAUAUGUAGAGCACUUUGGGUAUGUCAUGAAAUUGAACGUGUAAACUACAACUGUACUAUGUAAAAUAUAUCCAACACAGGCUAUGAGACCUCCUGACAUCAUUUGAAUUUCUAGAACAUGAAUUUACAUGUAUUUGUAUUUAAAUGGCAUAACUGUACAUCUGUUGUUAUGUUUCUUUUACGUUACCACUCGUUUUAACAGGAACAUAGGGCAACCUAGAUGUCAGCAAAAUUUCAUCGGAGCUAGUGCUUUGCACUGAAUUUGUUUUAUCAAACACAGAUUUGCAAUGUUUCUUUAAAUUUGGAUUGAAAAAUGAAUGAUGAUUGUCUUCUGGUGAGAUACAGCUAAGACACCAGUUCUGUCUAGAUCAGUAUUUCUAUAAAUUUAUGCUGCUUAUUUUAUUCUGCCAACCUUUGUGUCCUGUACAUCUUGGUUAUCAUAUAUUCAUUUAUGGCUUGUUCACUUCCUUUAGGGUGUAUUUAAAAAAGAAUAGAGUUGCUUUUCUUUUUCCCCCUCUACGGAUCACAUAAAUGUCAAUUUUUGUUUCAGUGGAUCAUGUUACUCUUUGAUCAUUUUUAUUUAUUCAUACAACCUAAGGAACAAUCAGUAUUUUUGGGGUCUUUUUUCCAGACUGGUUUAUAAAAUGUGCCUACCAAACUGUUUUCUACCCUGGCAGAGGUUGUAUAACUGUAAAGUAUUGCCAAUUAAAGUCAUAACAUGCCAAAUUGAGUCUUGUUACAGACUUCCCACAGCAGUUUGUUUACAAAACUCCAAAGCUAUUACUUCUUUAGAAAUUAUGUAUUUAUUUAUGUAAAUAUUCUAACUACUGCAGUUUCAGGCAAGCAUUGAUACCAGUUGUGAAUGUGAAUUGCAGCAUAACAAAUUUUUUGAAGGACCAAAAAUGUUUCUAGAAUAGGAGCUAAUAAACCCCCCCCCCAUAUAUAUUUGAUGUAGCCUCUGGUUAUAUUAAUAAUACAAGAAUAAGUGUUAAAACUUGAUUCUUAAAAUAUUUUACAAAGUAAUGCAUUGUUCUUUAACAAACACAACAUGUAAAUAUUAGAUUUUUAUCACAGCCUACACAGAAUAUUUUUAAAGUGCAAUAUAAUUUCACUGCUCUGGGGCUAGGACAGAGAUUAAAGCAAUUUACAUUGAAUAAAUAUAGGGGUUUUUUUCCUACUAUACAAUACCAAGAUUCUAAAAUGCUUGUGGACCGGAGUUACUGUAGUUUAACUCAGAGUGCCUUUUGAAGUUACCAUCGUGUUUCUGACCAGUAGAGUAUCAAACUGUACUGUAGGACACAAUACAUUUCAAUGUACUUCAGUGUCUGAAUUUCUUUUAAUGUAACUCUUUGCUUUUCAGAGGGUUGCAUUGGAACUUUGUCAUGCAUUAUCUUUAAUGGAAGUUUUUAUGCUUAUAGCUCCAUCCGGUUCCUGAAAACGUUAAGGAUUAUUGCAACUAACUACUGAGCUAAGUGACUACUGAAAUGCUGUAAAAAUAUUUCCUCUUGAAUAAUUAUGUUUAGAUUGGAUAUUAAAUACUGAAACUGUCAUAUUUUUGUCAUGCAUAUUAUAUGUAACUAUUUACUGUAUAAAGAGUCUACAUAAAAUUGCUUUGAUGUCAGCCUUUGAAA